ACAAUAGCAAUGAGGUGGAGGAGAAAACAGCCUUGUAAUGUUCGGAAAGCGAGGUUGUGCGAGUGCGUCCACACUACAGAAUUAACGCAGUUUGGUAUCGCUUGAAAAACUUCCAGGAAUGGAACCCUGGGAACUGAAGUUGGGUGAAAACACCAGCACUGUUUCUUAUAAUUUUUAGAGUUAUACGUAGCUAGCUAUAGUUAUAGUCAUAGCACUGAGCCACAAGCAGUUCAUUCCACAUUGGAGACGCACAGGGUUAAAACCAGAAAGCUCUGGCUGCCUAGAGAGGCGUGGGAAAUUUAUAGACAGGGCGGAAGCGAGGGGGCGGGGCAUCCUUGGAGGGCGGAAGAGGAAGUAGAGUAGGAGGAGGAAGAGGAAGAGGAGAAGAUCCACCUUCUUCCUUUUCCUCUUAUGAUCCUCCAUUGCAGGCCCAGUGGGGAGCUCUUCUCCAAGAGGUUGUUGAAGGUGGAGGAGGAGGAGGAGGAAGACGCCAAAGGCAAAAGGGAAGCCCCUUGGGUGAACAGUAGCCAGCUUCCCAUGAAGCUCAGAAACAUCACUUUCCCUACAAACUCUCCAAACUCAUGAAUGGAGAAAGAGGUGGGAAUUGUGAUAAGGAGGCGAGCGGAUUGAGCCAAACCAGGAGGCAAAAUGAAUGCCGAACGAGAGGAAGUGAGCCUUUUGGCUUGCCACGAGACUGUCGCCGAGAAGGUGGUGAAAACUGAAGACCAGGAGACCGGAGGCCCUUCGCUGUUGGAGAGUCCGAAACGGUCCAGAAAGACCUCUCACCCCGUCCAAAUUGGGAAGAUCGGAGAACGCCUGAGCUGGGUGGCGGCAAAACGAGCCGAACACGAGCUGAACAAUGGCUUGUUAUCCCAGUGCCCGGAUUUCCUGAAGACGAUACAGGUUCCUUAUUCGGGUUGGAGAAGCCCCCAAAGGUCUAGGACCCCUUUCCCAUCUCCUUUGGGAACUCCGUCUGGCAAGUGUCACGGGCCAGAGAAAGAGGCGGCAAGUGGAGAUCUGCAAGGAGACUCUCUGCAAAGCAGUCCAAGUACAGAUUGCGGCAAACAGGCAGGCGAUGACAACAGGAAGGGAGAUGCCCCGCACGAAGAGGGUCUCACUGUCGAGAUGCAGCGGCAACGCUUCCGGUGGUUCUGCUACCAAGACGCUGAGGAACCCCGGCAAAUUUGUGCCCAGCUCCGGGAACUCUGCAUCCAGUGGCUGCAGCCAGACCUUAACCCGAAGGAACAGAUGGUGGACCUGAUUGUCUUAGAGCAAUUCCUGGCCAUCUUGCCGGAGGAAAUCCAGAGCUGGGUGGGAGAUGCGGGACCCGAGACCUGCGCCCAAGCUGUGGAUCUAGUGGAAGAGUUCCUAUUACGGCAGCAAGAGACAGAGAGGUGGAAGCAGGAGGUACUGGGGGAAUUUGAGGAAGUGGCCAUGAGCUUCUCUCGAGAAGAUGAUGCCGGUGAGGGACAACUUUCCAGGGAGAUCAAGCGGGAGACAGUGACUUUGUUGGACGACGAGUGGGAGACUGAGGAGGAAGGAUCAUCAUUUGACCCAUCAUUAGAAAGAUUCGAGCCUAGAGACCCUGGAGAAAAUGUUGAGGAUCAAGGUAGGCCAGGAUGGGAGCAGAGAGUACAUAUAGACCAGAGAAGGAGUAAAUCCAUGGUUUACGAAAAUGGUGGCUCUGAUGGUACUGACCUCCAGCAAAGGAUGAUGUAUGCAGUGAAACGGAGGCACAUUUGUAAUAUUUGUGGCAAGGCGUUUACUCAGAAAUCAAACCUCAACAGGCAUCAGCGGACCCACAUGGGAGAGAAAAGAUUUCAUUGUUUCAAAUGUGGGAAAAGCUUUAACUGGGAAACGAGCUUUAUUCGACACCAGCAGUUCCAUACUGGCGAAAAGCCAUACCCAUGCUUAGACUGUGGGAAGCGCUUUAGCCGGACAGCAAACCUAAUUAUUCAUCGGAGAAUUCACACGGGGGAGAAACCACAUCAGUGCUUGGACUGUGGACAGAGCUUUAGUCAGAUCUCCAACCUUGUUAGACACCGCAGAGUCCACACAGGAGAGAAACCUUAUAAAUGCACCGAGUGUGAAAAAAGCUUCACCCAGAAGUCCAAUCUUAUCAAACAUCAAGGCAUCCACUCAAGCGACAGACCAAACACAUCCUCGGAUUACGCGGGAAAGCUUAAUCAGAGGCCAAGCCACAAUAGAUUUGAGCGGAUUCCUCUUGGUGAAAGCCGGUGCAUAUGCUUCAAAUGUGGGAAAACCUUUUCCAGGAGAGGCAACCUUCUUCGUCACCAGACCAUUCACACGAAAGACAAACCCCACAAAUGUACUGAGUGCGGGAAACGUUUCAACCAGAGAACCAAUCUGAACGCUCACCAGAGAAUCCACACCGGAGAGAAGCCGUACAGGUGUCCAGAUUGUAGCAAAAGUUUCAGGUGGAGGGCGCAUCUCAUUAUCCACAAGAGGUUGCACACUGGGGAGAAACCCCACAGAUGUGUCGAUUGCGGCCAGAGCUUCAGUCAGAGAUCCAACCUUGUCCGACAUCAGCGGACCCACACCGGAGAGAAGCCCUAUCAAUGCUCCGACUGCGAGAAGAGCUUUGGUCAGAAAUCGAACCUCAUUAAGCACCAAAGGAUUCACGCUGGAGAGAAUGCAUUUUGUCAGAGCCUCAACGGCGUGAGCCAUGACCAGAUUCUUCUGGAAGAGGACCCAUAUAAAUGCUUUCGUUGCGGGAAGGUGUUUUCUCGGAGGGGGAACCUCCUCAGACACCAGAGUAUCCACACCAGGGAGAAACCACACAAAUGUCCUGACUGUGGCAAAAGAUUCAAUCAGAGGACCAACCUCAUCAGCCAUCAGAGGAUUCACACAGGGGAGAAACCUUUCCAAUGUCCAGAGUGUGGAAAGAGCUUCCGGCAGAGCCCACACCUUAUUAAACAUAUGAAAGUUCAUACAGAAGAGAAAGCAUUGUAUGGAAGCUUGGAUUAUGUGGGAAAUGUCCAUCCAGAGUUGAACCAUGAGAGGACCAACGUGGGAGGGAAGCCAUACGAAUGCCUCAAGUGUGGUAAAAUUUUCAAUUGGCAGUCAAACUUCAUCCGACACCAGAAAAUCCAUGCUGGUGAAGAGUCUCACGAAUGCUCCGAAUGUGGGGAAAAAUUCAACCGGCAGAAAAGCCUCAUUGCCCACCAGAGAAUCCACAUGACAGAGAAACCUUACACCUGUACGGAGUGCGGGCAGAACUUUGCGUGGGAGGCACACCUUGUCAUCCACCAGAGGAUCCACACAGGAGAGAAGCCUCAUAUGUGCCCAGAGUGCGGGCAGAGUUUCAGCCAGAGGUCCAACCUAAUCCGACACCAGAGGAUCCACACGGGUGAGAAGCCCUACAAAUGCUCCGAAUGCGGCCAGAGUUUCAGCCAAAGGACGCACCUGGUUGUACACGAGAGGAUCCACACCGGGGAGAAACCGCACAGGUGUCAGGACUGCGGGCAAGGCUUCAGUCAGCGGGCGCACCUUAUUGUGCACCAGAGAAUUCACACUGGAGAAAAGCCACACAGGUGCAUGGACUGUGGGCAAGGCUUCUGUCAAAGAUCUAACCUUCUUAGACAUCGGAGGACCCACUCCUGUGAAAAGAAUAACUACCACCGAGUUCAGCAAGCCCUUCCUAGAGGGGCACCGAAGAAAGGGACCCAACGGCCGCGAACGGCCUCUUCGGCCGGCGGUUUCAUUCCAGCUCUCGCGAGACUGCCGGGCGUAGCUCCUCCCCUUCCUCGGAAAGCCUGUUUUGAAUUUCUCCGCAGAGAAACUGAGAAGCAGAAGGGGAAAGGCCGGAGACCAAAGCAGAAAUUUCCUUUAGGCCAGAUGGAGGUGAAGAUGGAAGUGAAGAUGGAGGUGAAGGAGGCCGUGGCAGGAAGCCCACCACCUUCGGGACCACCCAACGAACCCUGGAACACUCUCCAGGAUGAAACCAGCAAAGACAAACUCUAUGGGUUUGGGCCUGUGCCCAAGGUUAAGUCAGAACCAGAGGAAGGGGAGGUCAAGCCCUGGGGGGGCCAGUGGCCGGGCCUCCGGGAGGCAGGGGAGCCCUCUUGUUCCGCGUGGGGGAGUGUCCCCCUGCCGGAGGUGCGUUCAGUGGCCUGCGAUACCCGCCUCAAAGAAGAGCCGCCCUCCCCGGGUAUGCAAGCCGAAGAGCCGGCGGCCUGCCUGGAAAAUAAGGACGACGUCCUGAGCGAUGAGGACAUGGACGUCGACCUCCAUCGUCAGCGUUUCCGGAACUUCCUCUACAAGGAGGCAGAGGGGCCCCGGGCGGCGUACCUCCAACUCGAGGAGCUCUGCUACGGGUGGCUGCAGCCUGAUAUGCGUACCAAGGAGGAGAUCUUGGAGCUGCUGAUCCUGGAGCAGUUCUUGACUGUCCUGCCACCAGACAUGGAGAGCUGGGUCAGGGCGCGGGGGCCGGAGACCUGCGACUGGGCCGUGGAGUUGGCAGAGGACUUCCUGCAGUGGCAGCAAGAUGCAGACGACUGGGGGGAGCAGGAUAUUGGAAGGGUGGAGGAGGUGAGUUCGACCUUCUCCCAAGGCAGCCAGACUCUGCUGGACACUGAAAAGAAGACUCCUGGCAGAGCAAAGAAGCGAAAGAGGGACAAAGGCUCUGACAUACUGGAAUGUGAUCAAAGGAUGAAUGAGGAGAUGGAGGAAUCACAGGGAACAGUUUUCUCCGAAGAUGAGGAAGACGAAGAAAUAUUUGUCAGACAAGAAGGAGCAGCGAGGCCCUUUGGGGGCGGAAUGCAGGAGUGGAAGGCGCAAGAAGAAAUUUACAAGGUCACCAUUCCCAACGACACGCCGCCCGGGACUCAAGGGAAGCCAUGCCCGGUCUGUGGGAAGUGCUUCAACCGUCUCUCCCACCUGAAGAGGCACGUGGCGAUCCACACCGGGGAGAAGCCCUACAAAUGCUCGAUUUGUGGCAAAGGCUUCACACAGAAGACCAACCUUGCCGCCCACGAGGCCGUCCACAGGGAAGGCAUCUGCUCAGAUUGCGGGAAGAGCUUCAAGCUGAAAUGGGGCCUGACGACACAUCCCAUGGGGGAGAUGUGGUACAAAUGCCGGCCCUGCAAAAGGAUCUACGAAAUGUCCCGGCCGAGGCCGCCGGUGAACGCUUCCGGGGAAGGGAUGGAAGGAUCCUCCAAUCAGCUGGAGGACGAAGUGGAGGAGUGGAUGUGCCGGUCUCUGAAAGUCCCGGGGGGUGUCCUGUGCAAAGUGAAAGCCUCCUCAAAAAAUCCCCAGACGUACAAAGGGAAGAAGCAAAGCCCGUGCCUUGUGUGCGGGAAGGUCUUCGCCACCCGCUCCAGCCUUAACCGACACCAGCGCAUCCACACGGGGGAGAAGCCGUACAUAUGCUCCAUCUGCGGGAAGAGCUUCAACCAGAAGACCAGCCUGCUGACCCACUCCUUCAUCCACAGCGAGCACAAGCCAUACCAGUGCUCCGAGUGCGGGAAGAGCUUCCGUCACUCCACCGGCCUCCUAGUGCACCAGCGUAUGCACACGGGGGAGAAGCCUUACAAAUGCUCCAUCUGCCAGAAGCACUUCAGCCAAAGCAGCCACGUGGUCAAGCAUAUCUCCAGGAAGCACGCCAAGGAGAAAGAACUACUCAGCGCCACUUUUGCUUCCACAGCAGAGACCCAGCUUUUUACUACCACGGCAGACACCCAGCUUUUUACUACCACGGCACACACCCAGCUUUUUACUACCACAGCAGACACCCAGCUUUUUACUACCACAGCGGAGACCCAGCUUUUUACUCCUUCAGCGGAGACCAAGCUUUUUACUCCCUCAGCGGAGACUAAGCUUUUUACUCCUACAAUGGAGACCGAGCUUUUUACUCCCACAAUGGAGAACAAGCUCUUUACUCCCACAACGGAGACCAAGCUGUUUACUCCCAAAACGGAGACCCAGCUUUUUACUCCCACAACUGAUGCCCAGCUCUGAUUAUUUUUUUUCUCCCCAUAAAUUAGAGAAAUACAGAGAGGGCAAUUCGAUUUGGCCUUUGGAAAACAAUUCCUUUCAAGAGUGCAUGUGCGUAGAAAAAUUACCCGGCCAAAAAGGAUUGCGCGCAACUCUUCUGUACAGGACUCUUGGGUUAGAAGAGAAACUCAAAACCUCUUUGAAGAAGCAAUGACCAUAGUGGUCACCAUUCAAAUUUUUAUUUGUUGUCGGAAGUGCCGAUGCUCCCGCUAUUUGACUUCAUUGGAUGAGCCCAGGAAUGAAGAAGAAAAAAAAACUUUCCUUUAUCCCACCUGUUCUACACCAUGAAUAUUUUAAUACAUCUCUGUUCUGUCUUUCCUGA